UUGCGCCGGUUGGAACAAAUUCGCUGGAUCCGAAUGAAGAUCAGCGUGAAAGACAAUUUUUUCGGUAUCCUCGGCUCGACCACUACGAUACGAAGUACAUACAUAAACUCCAUUUUCAUGCAAGGUCCGCCUCCCUCGGUCGACUCCAAAAGCCUGAUGGCCAAACUUUCCGGAGAACUAUCCAUUAAUCCUUCGUUGGAUAGAAAUAACUGUUUUCGGAUACCUUCCAUUCUGGGUGAUCGUAGAAUGGUGACCUUUUCAUCUCCGCCCCCGAUUGUAACCUUUUUUCUUUGGGGACGGAGCGCUCUUUACGGGACUGCACUGUCCGAACCCCGAACACUUGUGACCUCCGAUGCACUCCUUGUCUUCAAUAACCGAUUUGCUUUGGUCUCGCUGUUUACUCUUCACCGGAGGAGCUGGAGAUGGAUUUUGACUUUGACUAUUACUUGUGCUGCCGCCUCCACUGUCGCAGUUUCUGUAUUGCUCCAUGGCUUGCCGUUCCAGUUCCUAACAAAGUCAAUUUUCUGCUAACUCAAA